AUGAAGAACGCGACUAGUAAUUUGGAUAGUUUCUAUUUUAAUAUACCGAAACCACUGCCAAAUUACGAUAUCAUUCCACCCGUUAGCCACCCGUGGUAUGAUAUCCAAUCAAAUGAAAUAAUCCCUGGAUUGAGUGAUAAAGCGACUUCUCUUAUUCUACCAGUUUUGGCUUACUGGGUUUUCUCUUUAUUCUUUCAUGCAUUAGAUCAAGUCAGCUCACUUGAUAAAUAUCGUAUACAUCCACCAGAAGAACUCACGACGAAGAAUAAAGUUACCGUGAAGCAAGUCAUAAAAGCAGUUCUCAUUCAGCAGGUUGUACAAACAGCUUUGGGUUUCGUUGUUAUGGACGACCUCGACGAAUACCGGUCAGAUAAUGGCCACAUCGCUGCAAUGAUUGGAUAUAGUGGAUACAUCACAUCCUUCUUGAAAUUAGCAUUAGGUCCAUCAAUAACAAUGAAUUUACUAAGCCAGUAUGGUAAAUCAAUCACUCAUUUCACUUACUGGUGGAUCAUCCCUGCUAUUCAAUUCGUCUGGGCUUGUUUCGUCAUGGAUACACACCAAUACUUCUUACACAGACUAUUUCACAUUAAUAAAUUCUUAUAUAGGCACAUUCAUUCGGUACAUCAUAGGUUAUACGUUCCCUAUGCCUUUGGCGCACUUUACAAUCAUCCGGUUGAAGGAUUCUUGCUCGACAGUUGUGGCGCCCUUUUAGCCCAUACAGCCAGCUUGAUGAGUACGAGGCAGAGUAUAGUAAUGUUUGUCUUUUCGACUUACAAGACAUGCUACGAUCAUGCAGGUGCACAAUAUCCAUUCGAUCCUUUCAGAUAUCUCUUCACUAAUACGUCAGAUUAUCACGACAUACAUCAUCAACACUUCGGCUUAAAAUAUAACUUUUCUCAGCCAUUUUUCGUUCAUUGGGAUGAUAUAUUUGGUACACGCUUGAACAGAUCUGACGUCAGGGGCAAGGCUAUCGAUAGUAAAAAAGAAAACUAAAGGAUUUUACGGAUUCGUGUAUAUUCUGCACACUCACUUACAUCUAUGAUACCCCAUUUAUUUAUUUCUUUAGGGCGACAGUACAUAUUUUAUAUAUAAUAAUUGUAAACAAA